AUGGCUCAACCCAGCAACUACUGGAAACAAGAUGUGCUACCAUUGUCUAUCUUGAUGUUAACACUUGUGGCCACUGAGUGCACCAUAGGUAUCAUUGCAAGUGGGAUUGUAAUGGCUGUGAAUACAGUCGCAUGGGUUCAGAAAAAGGCAAUAUCCAUAACUAGGAUUCUGCUUCUUCUGAGUGUAUCCAGAAUAGGCCUCCAAAGCAUCAUGUUGAUAGAAAUUACCUCCUCCAUAUUCAACGUUGCUUUUUACAACAGUGUUUUAUAUAGAUUCUCAAAUGUAAGUUUUGUAUUCUUCAAUUAUUGUAGUCUCUGGUUUGCUGCUUUGCUUAGUUUCUUCCACUUUGUGAAGAUUGCCAAUUUUUCUUACCCCCUGUUCUUCAAACUAAAGUGGAGAGUUUCUGAAUUAAUGCCCUGGCUUCUGUGGCUCUCAGUGUUUAUUUCCUUCAGCUCCAGCAUGUUCUUCAGCAAGCACAAGUUCACUGUGUACAACAACAAUUCUCUAAGUAACAACAUCUGCAACUUCACAAUGAAACUUUACGUUGUUGAGACCAAUGUGGUCAAUGUGUCUUUUUUAUUCAUUUCAGGAAUACUCCCUCCUUUGACAAUGUUCAUCACAACAGCUACUCUUCUGAUUUUUUCUCUCAAGAGACACACCCUGAACAUGAGAAACAGUGCCACUGGCUCCAGAAACCCUUGCACAGAGGCUCAUAUGCAGGCCAUCAAAGAAACUAGCUGUUUUCUCUUUCUCUACAUUUUAAAUGCAGCUGCUCUGCUUCUGUCCACAUCCAACAUAGUCGAUGCUAGUCUCUUCUGGAGUAUUGUGAUCAGAAUUGUUCUGCCUGUCUACCCAGCUGGCCAUUCAAUUUUACUAAUUCAGAGCAACCCUGGAUUAAGAAGAACAUGGAAGCAUCUUCAGUCUCAAAUUCAUCUGUACUUACUAAAUAGAUUUUGA